GCCGAGUGUUUGUUUUGCAAGUCCGGUCCGGCGGGAGCUGCGAGGCGAGGCUGGACUGACGGCGCCCUGCACCCUGCUGACCCGCGGCAGCGACCGUCCUGCCUCGGCCUCACCCCGAGUGCGGCCGCAGGAGGCUCAGGCGGGCGAGUCCGGGCUCUGCCGCCACCGGGAGGAGCAGCAGAGCGCGGGGGGCGGCGAGCGACUCGGUCCUCGCAGCUGCGUCCAUGGCCGGACAGCGGAGCGCCUCGGGGAUCUUCGGGACGCAGCCCGACGCCGGGGCCAACGCAGACUGGAUGGCGGGCCUGUGCCCGCGGCUGUGGGAUGUCCCGCUGCAGCACCUGGCCAUCCCCGGUAGCCACGACACCAUGACCUACUGCCUGAGCAGGAAGUCGCCCGUGUCGCACACACAGCCCCGGCUGCUGCGCGUCCUGAACUCGGCGCUGCCCUGCGUGACGCGGCCCGUGGUGCUGAAGUGGUCGGCGACCCAGACGCUGGACGUCACGGCGCAGCUGGACGCGGGCGUGCGCUACCUGGACCUGCGCGUGGCGCACAUGCGGGGCGGCCCGGCCCGGAACCUGCACUUCGUCCUGCUGUCCUACGAGGACGAGGCCGCGGUGGCGCGGCGCGGCGAGCUCUGGCCCGGCGUCCCCUGCUGGUGGGCCAACCGGGGGAAGCCCGAGGCGCUCAUCCGCUUCCUGGAGGAGAAGAAGAGCGGCGGCCGCCCAGGCGGCCUGUUCGUGGCGGGCACGAACCUGACCGAGUCGCUGCGCCGCGUGCUCGCGCACCCCGCGCAGUCCCUGGCCGCGCUGACGCUGCCCGCCCUGCCGGCCCUGAGCGCCUGGGUCCGCGAGCAGCGGCCCGGCCCGGGCCCGGCCUGCACCAACAUCAUCGCGGGCGACUUCAUCGGCGCGGGCUCCUUCGUCACCGACGUCAUCGGCCUCAACCAGAAGCUGCUCUGAGGCUGGCGCCUGCUGCGCGGGGCUGUGGGCUCCUCCCGGCCCAGGGAGACUCUCCUGCCUCAGCCUCCCCAGGAGGGAGGGGGCGGAGCACGCACCCCCGCGCCCCACUGCUUUCCAAAUACUGCUUCACUGAGCAUUUUAUUCUUUUGUAAUCACACAAUUAAAAUAUAUUAAAAGCACGGA